AUGCGGUCACUAGGAGAGCGAUUACACUUACUCAGAAAGCUUCUCAACCUCCGCAUGGGCCCCGGGGCCGCCAUCCUGCCCUCUGAAGUGUCCUGCAUCCACAUGGACUUUGCCUUGAGAACGCACAAUGGCCACAUGGGCGCCAAGAAAUUCUGGCGCGAGUACCUCCCGCGCCUCAAGUACAACAACCCCGCCGUCCCCAUGAUUGUUAACCGUCACGGCCAAAACGACCAGACGCCGACCAUGACGGUGUACCUCCGCACCGGCGGCGACGCGCCCGCGACCCCAGCCCCCCAACCCGCCUCCUCCCGCGUGGGACUCUCCAAGGCGCAACCGCCUGCGAGCAACGAGCGCGUCGUCCACAUCGACAUGAAGAACAAGCACUCGACAAAUAUCCUCGAGCAACUCAUCACACAAGUCGGGGCGGUGCCGCUACAACCGACCGCAGAAGACACGGCGGAACGGCAGAGCCUGGAUGAACUCAGGAAAAUGAGCAACGCUAGCCGUGACCGAAUGAACUCAAUCAAGGCGGAAAAGGAGAGAGAGGCUACUCUGCUGCAGCGAGCCCGCGCGGCGGGUGGUGCUGCAGAGGACCCAGCGUAA